GUUUGCUUCAGUUUGGUAUGGGAUGGUCUCCUCUCUAUAGCAGUCUUCUACUGUUAUUGAUGUUUUUUUCCUCGACAUAUCCAUGGUAACUGUCCUGUCUAACGUCUGAUCAGCAGCCAGGAGCCUAGCAGUGUGUGAGAAUGGAGCUGGAGGAAAAAAACCCGGACCCUAAAUACGGGGAGUCCAGGAAGUUUGACCCAAACUUCAAAGGACCGAUUCAUAACAGGGGCUGCACAGAUAUCCUCUGCUGUAUUAUCUUCAUCUUGGCCUUGUUGGGGUAUUUUGCUGUCGGUAUUGUUGCCUGGUCUCAGGGUGACCCCAGGAAAGUGAUCUAUCCCACGGACAGCAGGGGUCAGUUCUGCGGACAAGCUGGAACUCCUCUGGAGAAGAAGCCUCUUCUGUUCUACUUUAACAUCCUGAAGUGUGCCAGCCCUCUGGUGCUGCUGGAGUUCCAGUGUCCCACCACGCAGUUAUGUGUGGAAACCUGUCCUGACCGGCACAUGACCUUGGUGAAAGCCAAGGUAAGCAACAAAGAAGACCAUGAAUACUACAAACAGUACUGCAAGGAUGGAGUGGACUUCAGCAAAUUGAGUCCUCCUGAGAUCCUCAAGGAAGGCUUGUGCCCGGCCAUGCUGAUGCCCAGUAAACCCUUCACGCGGCGCUGCCUUCCUGCUUUGGGGACGAUGAAAGGUGGUGUGGUGGUGGUUGGCAAUGAGACCUCUUUCGAUGCUGGAGAGGGCACCAACAUCAAUGCCACGGAUGUGCUGGAGGCAUCAAAGAAGUCAAAUAUGGUUAUUGAAGCUCGCCAGGUGGCCAUGAGAAUCUUUGAGGACUACACUCAGUCUUGGCACUGGAUUUUGCUCGGUCUUGUGAUUGCCAUGCUGGUCAGCUUGAUUUUCAUCGUCCUGCUGCGAUUCUUGGCUGGCAUCAUGGUCUGGGUCAUGAUUGUUUUGGUUAUUCUUGUCAUCGGAUAUGGGAUUUUCCACUGUUACAUGGAGUUUUCGAGUCUGAGGGGAGAGCCUGGCUCUGACGUCACUAUCCGUGAUCUGGGCGUGCAGACGGACUUCUCUGUGUACCUGCAGAUCAGACAAACCUGGCUGGCCUUCAUGAUCAUCCUGGCUAUUGUAGAAGUCAUCAUCAUCCUGCUACUCAUAUUCCUCAGGAAGAGAAUCAUGAUUGCCAUCGCUCUCAUCAAGGAGGCCAGCAGAGCUGUUGGGCACGUCAUGUCAUCUCUGUUCUACCCCCUGCUGACCUUUGCCCUGCUGUCUGUGGUGAUCGCUUACUGGGCCAUCACUGCUGUCUUUUUGUCCACCUCUAAUGAGCAGGUGUACAAAGUGUUCAACACCACAGAGUGCGAGUAUUCACGAGAGACCUGCGACCCCAAGACGUUCAACACCUCUAAGGUUUCAGCUCAGUGUGCUGAUGCCGAGUGUCUGUUUGCCUUCUAUGGUGGGGAGACCCUCUACCACAAAUACCUCAUCCUGUUCCAGUUCUACAACGUCUUUCUCUUCUUCUGGUGCGCCAACUUUGUGACAGCACUGGGCCAGGUCACUCUGUCAGGGGCUUUCGCCUCCUAUUACUGGGCCUUCAAGAAGCCAGACGAUAUUCCUGCCUUCCCCAUCUUCUCCUCGCUUGGACGGGCUCUCCGAUACCACACUGGCUCUCUGGCUUUUGGCUCUCUGAUCCUCUCCAUUGUUCAGGUCAUCAGGGUCCUUCUGGAGUACCUGGACCACAAGUUGAAAGGUGCUCAGAACAAGUGUGCUAAAUUCAUGUUGAGCUGCAUGAAGUGCUGCUUCUGGUGUUUGGAGAAAUGUAUCAAGUUCCUUAACAGGAAUGCCUACAUCAUGAUCGCCAUCUAUGGAAAAAGCUUCUGCCCUUCUGCUAAGGAUGCCUUUUUCCUGCUCAUGAGGAACAUCGUCAGGGUCGCUGUUUUAGAUAAAGUGACUGACUUCCUGCUAUUCCUUGGGAAGCUCCUCAUCGUUGGAAUUGUUGGCAUCUUCUCUUUCUUCUUCUUCUCUGGGAGAAUCAAAGCGAUAGAGGAAGCUGCUCCAUCUCUCAACUACUACUGGGUGCCAAUAUUGACGUUGGUAGUGGGAUCCUACCUCAUCGCCCAUGGCUUCUUCAGCGUGUACGCCAUGUGUGUGGACACACUGUUCCUCUGCUUCUGUGAGGACCUGGAGAGAAACGACGGCUCGUCUGACAGGCCUUACUUCAUGUCGCCCGAGCUGCACGAGAUCCUCUCCAAAACCAAGAGGGAGGAAGAAGACCACGAUGGCGUUGAGCAGGGGGAAUCUGCUGGUCCUGCAAAGCCAUUGGAUGAAGUGAAACUGGAGGAGGAGACCCCUCUUCAACAGCAAGAUGGAGAAAUCCAACUGAAACAGCAGACCGUGCUCAAGCAAGAAAACGAGGAGGAGCAGCCUCUGCGGGCCACGGCGGAUGCCGAAGAGCCACAACAGGAGAACAAAGAAGAAGAACAAGUCAGUCAGGCUGAGGAGGCUGAAAAGAAAGAAGAAGCGGAGGUGAAAGAAGAGGCGGAAAAGGAGGAGGAAAAAACCGAGGACGCCCCACCUCCCGCUGCGAAGGCUGAGAAAGAGGAGACAGGUGAUAAAAAGGAGGAAUCUUUGGAGGAAAAUCCUCCUUCUGCACCACAGGGGUAAACAGUAAUGCAAGGGCAAAGAAAUUAGGCUUGGUAAACCUCAAAAAGUACUGUAUCUACACCUUGAUGUGAUGUAGGCAUGUUAAAUGUGCGGCAUACAACAACAAAAGCUAAAUAUUUCCGAUGUGACAUCCAGCUGGAGGAGGUCAAAGAAGGUCAAAAAGCCCAGGUGCAUCUCUGUAGCUUGAAUAAAAACGCUCUCUUGUGUUGGUUUUAGAACAGUGUUGGUUUUUAUAUAUCGUGAAGAUCUGUAGAACUUUGUGAGUGCUGAACCUGUGCCUGAUUGCUGUCACUGAUAUUUGUUGUCUUAAUCCUGUUAAACGGAUGCACUGCAGAAACCACUAUGUACCGUGUUUACAGCCGGAACACACUCAUGUCAAUCGAUGGUGAAUCUCUUUCACUGUUUACAAUAAUACCAGCUGACCAGCCAAAAUGUUACAGACAUAUUUGAUAUACUGUAUGAAUAUUGGAUCAUUUUUUUCCUAUGAAAUGUGUAUAUAUACAGUAGUGUUCUUCUAUUACGAAUUGCUUCAGUCUUGUAGAGAUCCAAGAUGGGAUCCGAUGUAUUGUAUUGCCACCUACUUGCCUUGGUAUUUUGAACUGAUGUAAGUGCUGUUUGUGUCACCAUGACGCAGCCUCUCUUCGGACCCCCCCCCUCUCAAAAAAAUGUUGACUAACCCACCCUGCAUUGCUCUGUCCCUCUCCCCUCUUUGUCUCUCUGCUGCAUGGUGUUGACAUGGCCUUCUGAAUGCUUGCAACUAACAGCUCAACUCUCUGGAUGCUUUUGUACACUUUUUUCUCGUUUGUCGCCUUGUGAAAGAUGUAAGUUGAUUUCCUGAUGAAGUUACUGAUUGAUGACAUUCCAUAUUUAUCGGAUGUAAAUCUUGAUUAAAGGUGAUUGUAUUUAAUCACAGUCAUUCUGUUGUGGGUAAAAAUGAGCUUCAACAGGGUUUGGCGUUUGGUAGCAGGUGAGUUUUCAGGACCAAAAAAAAUCAGCAACACAUUUUUUAUUUAGUCUUAAAGGGCAUUAACAACAAUUUCACCAGUUAAGGGCACUUGACCGGCCAUGGAGAGAACCGAGCCUGUAAAACAGUUUCAUAUUGUUUUCUGUGGCUUUUGGGGGAAGCUUUUAUAAACCUUAGAACAUUCAAGAAAAGCAAUUUGAAAGCUGUGAGCAUUUGCUAACAAUCAGAUUGAAAAUGCAUUAUGAGACAUAUAGUAUCCUGGGUUCUUGAAACCUGACCAAUGUUAGGGACUAAAAUCAGGAUAUCUCUGCCUCUGCUGCAAUUACAAAGGAGUGGUUUGUAGCUUUUUGGCUUGUGACAGGUUAAAAGGAAAUUACUUGCAGUCCCUUAUUGCUGGUUAUGGAACUUCUAAAUUCAACCAAAGAAUCACUAUUUGUAAUCGAAGAAGGUAGGAUCUUUAGAUAAUGAAAGAAGGACAAUCUGGAGAGAAAAAGAUAUUGUUUCUGAUAGAAAUAUGCAUUUCUUUUUGUUAUUAAUAUUUAAAGUUCAAUUAUUCAUGGGCCCAGGUUAGGAAGUACUGAAUAACUGGUUUAUCCUCUUACUUACCAUGACAUCACUGUAGCAUGUGAUCACAGGGGCAACAGAACACACGUCUUGAAAAUUCAGUCAGAUAGGGUGGUACAAAAACACUGCUUUACAACCUGGAAUUAAAUUACUCUUUUAACUCUCGUCUCUCGUUGGUCUCCUCACUUUGUAGAGUGCAAUGUUAGGAUCAUAAUUACUAUUUAUAUUAUGUUUCUUGACAUGGGCCUCAUUAUUGCUAGGGACUCUGGGUGCAUGUUCCAUUCUCUCUAUGAACAUGACUAACAGCCACGCUGUUGAGUCAAGUUAGCGACAAUAAAGAGGAAAGCCAGGUUGUCAAGAGUCUCAAGGUUGUUGCUAACAAAUGGUAAGCAUUUGUUACAUACACUAGAAAAGGGUCCCCACCACUUUUCAAAUCAAAGUGACACCUAUGUUUCUAGAGUUACUGAAAGGCAAAUGAGAUAAUAGAUAGCUGAGACAUGAAAAAGUAAAAUAACUCUCCUGAAUGUUGUUCUUCAACUG